AUGGCGGCAAUGGAGGAGCUGGAGAUCCAUAGCAAGUCGUACUUUGUACGAUGGAUCAACGUCAGCGCCAACCACACCAUCUCCUGGAGUAUUCAACCGCACAAGAAGUCGGUGAACUUUGGAAUCUUCAAGCACCCCGGCCAGUCCAGUCUGAGCUCCUAUCUGCCCGCCUCCGAUUCCCAAAGCACCGACUCGACCGAGAACCUACCCGCAACGGCCGCCAACGCGGGCGCCUCCCGGAACCAACAGUCCACCGUCAUCGAGAAGCUGACUGCCAUUGGUCUCAAGUCGAUCAAGUGGAUUGGCAAGUGUGAGGCGGAUCGGAUCUCCCAGGGCACUUACGAUGUACCGGCCAGCGAGGCGGGCAAUUACGCGCUCGUCUUCGACAAUACCUUUUCCAAACAGAUCUCCAAAACCGUCACCCUCGUGCUCCUGACCUACCCGACCGGUCUGCAACCGCAUGGAUCUGCGCCGCCGUCCAUUGCACGCUCGCACGCGGGUGGCUCGUCCGAUUCCCUGCCCCAGCCGCGAACGCGCCGACGCGGAAAUAGCAAAUCUACCCUGAGCGCGCAAGUGUCGGACUCGUCGAUACACACGGGAUUGCUGCAGAAGCGUCGGCGGAAGAGACACCAGGGUUGGGCACGUCGAUUCUUCUCGUUGGAUUUUACCUCGUCGACGUUGUCGUAUUAUCAUGACCCCAACUCGUCUGCUCUGCGCGGUGCUAUUCCGCUCUCGUUGGCGGCGGUAGCUACCAACGAAAAAUCACGCGAGAUUUCUAUUGACUCGGGAACGGAGAUUUGGCAUCUUCGUGCGAGCAAUGAUCAGGACUUUGCGUCUUGGAAGCGCGCGUUGGAAAAGGCUUCGUCUAAGGACUCGCCGAGCCAGAAUGAACUAUCCGUUGUUGGAGGGCCACCACAGCUGCGCCUGACUACUCCGGGACACCCCUCGCCGGAAGAAGAGGCUGAGUGGGCGCAGGUUAAGAAGCUGGUCAGCAAGAUCUCUGGUUCGCGAGAUGCAGUGCGCCGUCUGGCUAGGGAUACCGAUCCCAAGUAUAUCGUAUCUCCUGCUCCGUCUCCCAUCGAGCCACGGGGUCGCGGUCGUUCGCCGAGUCCCGGUCCUGCUGGGCAAGAUGCCUCUGUUUCAGACCCUAAACGGCCGUUCUGGAAGCGCAAGACCAGUGGGAACUCGCAGACUGGCUCUAAACGGCCCUCCGGUCCAGAGCAGAGCAAUUCCAGCUCGUCCCAGCUAGUUGUGCCUAAACCAGACGGAACCGGCAGACCUGCGAGCAUUGCUAGUCAUGCCGAUGGUAUGGAUGAGAUUCAUGACAAUCUGAUGGCCGUGCUGCGUGAUCUGGAUCACGCGGUGUCUGAGUUCUCGACGCUCAUUGCUGAGAGUAAACAGCGCCGACACCGACACCCGCCACGGUCUACUAUCGUUCCUCGGAAGAGUAUGGAGUCGGAUAUCUCGCAGGAAUUCUUCGAUGCUAUGGAUGGAGGUGCGGCGUCACCUCUUUUGACUAUCCAGGACAGCGACGAAGAGGCUGUGGACGCUGCCGAGAACGUAGAAGAUGAUGCACCUUCAGACAGCGAAGAUGAGACUGAGGCUACGACUCCGCACGACACCAGUAGUGCUUCUCCCUUGUUCCCAGCUCGUCCGAAAUCUCUCGCACCAUUACCUCUUGACAAGAUUCGUCGCCGUCAGAACAUCGCAGCACCGACGGUCCUGCCUCCCAGUUUGAUCGGCUUCCUACGCAAGAACGUCGGCAAGGAUUUGUCUACGAUAUCCAUGCCAGUCUCUGCAAACGAGCCUCUAUCUUUACUCCAGCGUGCCGCAGAGAUCCUAGAAUACUCCUCCCUCCUAGACCAAGCAGCCCAAUCCUCUGACCCCGUCGAACGACUCAUGUACGUUACUGCAUUCGCCCUCUCCUCGCUAUCCAGCAACCGUGUCCGCGAGCGUUCCAUCCGCAAACCCUUCAACCCUAUGCUCGGCGAAACCUACGAGCUUAUCCGCGAAGACCAAGGCUUCCGCUUCAUCGCAGAAAAGGUCUCCCACCGACCCGUCCAACUCGCCUACCAAGCCGAUAGCCGCGAAUGGAGUCUCGCACAGUCCCCAAUGCCCAGCCAGAAAUUCUGGGGCAAAUCUGCCGAAAUCACGACAGAGGGUCGCGUGCGUAUCACUCUACACGCCACGGGCGAACGCUUCAGCUGGACGCCCGCGACCUCGUUCCUGCGGAACAUCAUCGCUGGCGAGAAAUACGUCGAGCCCGUCGGUGAACUAGCCGUCGCUAAUGAAACCACCGGCCACCGCUCCAUCUCUACCUUCAAGGCCGGCGGCAUGUUCUCCGGCCGCAGCGAAGAAGUCACCACCCGCGCCGUCGACUCGUACAAUCAGCCCAUCGCCCUGGGUCUAGCGGGUACAUGGCCUGCCUCUCUGAAUCUCACCCGCGACGGCAGUCCCUCCGGCAAACCCAUCUGGACAGCGGGACCCUUGGUCCCCAGCGCCCCCAAGCACUACGGUCUCACAGCCUUCGCCGCAGCCCUGAACGAAAUUACAUCUAUCGAAGAGGGCCGUCUCCCAGUCACAGACUCCCGGUUGCGUCCUGACCAGCGCGCUUUGGAAGAAGGCGAUCUCGAUCGCGCGGAGGAAGUCAAAGUCCAACUUGAAGAGGGCCAACGUACCCGGAGACGGGAAAUGGAAGCUGCUGGGGAGAAUUGGACACCCAGGUGGUUUACCAAGGUGAGUGAGGAUUCGGAUGGGGAGGUUGUUUGGCGGUUGAAGGGUGGGAAGGAUGGGUAUUGGGAUGAGAGGGCUAAGGGUAGUUGGAGUGGUGUUGUGCCUGUUUUUGAGGGUUGA